ACACAAAGAGUAGUGGCAUUUGUUAGAGGGUGCAUGUGAGUGUUCUGAACCACUCAACUGAUUCGACCGAUCCCAAACGAAAAACGAAAGCUACGAUGAUAAACACCGCACCCAGCUGCUCCUUCCACCGCACCACCACUCUCACAACCUCUCAUUCUCUUCCAUUCACUUCCCUUCACCAUUCAUGUCUACACCACUGCCACUUCUCCUUCUGCACACAACCUCUCCGAUUAAGCAACCUCCGCUGCCACACACUAUCGCGGUUAACCACCAAGACGCUCAAAGUGAAUUGUUCCAUCGGCGAGCCUCUGAAGGUGAUGAUAUCAGGUGCACCCGCUUCCGGUAAAGGCACGCAAUGUGAAUUAAUUGUCCGAAAGUUUGGAUUGGUGCACAUAUCAACAGGGGAUUUGCUAAGAGCAGAAGUGGCAGCUGGAACUGAAAUUGGAAAUAAAGCAAAGGAGUUCAUGAACGCGGGUCAACUGGUUCCUGAUGAAAUUGUGACAGCAAUGGUGGCAACACGAUUGUCUCUCGAAGAUGCUAAGCAAAAAGGGUGGCUUCUUGAUGGGUACCCUCGAAGUUUGGGUCAGGCCCAGAGUCUGGAGAAAAUGCAGAUACGACCUGAUGUGUACAUAGUAUUGGAUGUUCCUGAUGAAACUCUGAUCGACAGAUGUGUUGGUAGAAGGCUUGACCCAGUGACAGGGAAGAUAUACCAUUUAACUUUUUUUCCACCGGAGACUGAAGAGAUUAAAGCAAGGCUGGUAACUCGACCUGAUGACACCGAGGAGAAGGUCAAAUCUCGCCUAAACAUAUACAAGCAAAAUGCAGAAGCCGUAUCUUCCUCUUACUCAAAAAUAAUUCAUAAGAUUGAUGGCAGCAAUCCAAAAGAAGCGGUUUUCAAAGAAAUUGAAUCUUUGCUAUCUCAAUUGCAACAUGAUAAAGUAAAAGUAGUGAAAUCUGCAGAAAAAUCAAUCCUUGAUACUAAGAAAGGACGGACAUCUUUGAGCCAGGAUAAGUGGAGAGGGAUUCCUACUAGACUAAACAAUAUUCCCCAUUCUCGAGAAAUCAGGAAAUAUUUCUAUGAUGAUGUGCUACAAGCUACUGAGAGGGCUAUCAAUGAUGGUAAAACUAGAUUGAAGGUUGACAUCAACAUUCCUGAGCUGAACCCAGAAAUGGAUGUUUAUCGAAUAGGUACCUUGAUGGAACUUGUUCGAGCUCUUGCCCUCUCUUUUGCAGAUGAUGGAAAACGGGUUAAGGUUUGUGUACAAGGGUCAAUGGGAGAGGGUGCUCUUGCUGGAAUGCCGUUGCAGCUUGCUGGAAGUCGUAAGAUCUUAGAGUUCAUGGACUGGGGUGAUUAUGGAGCAAAGGGAACCUUCAUCAAUAUUGGUUCUAUAGGUGCUGCUGAGGUUGAAGAGCAAGAUGACUUGUAUAUCUUGGUGGCUCCUCAAAAUGCUGUUGGGAAUUGUAUUAUUGAUGAUCUAAGAGCCAUGACCAAUGCAGCUGAACACAGACCAGUUAUUCUAGUCAAUGCUAGGCUUAAAGAUUUGCCUGGUUCUAGUGGUAUAAUGCAAACGAUGGGGAGGGACCAGAGGCUCAAGUAUGCUGCUUCUUUUGAAAGUUGCUACUUCUUUCGACUUCUGUAUUAUGCAGGAACGCAGUAUCCCAUAAUGGGAGCUAUCAGAAUGACUUACCCAAACCAAUAUGAGCUGUACAAGAGGGUAGACGAGUCACCUGGAAAGGAGAAGUAUGUUAUUUUGUCUACGUUUACACACAGGCCUAGUACAGAUGAAAUUAACGACGCUUUCCAAGGAAAACCAAGUAAUGAAUCUAGGAAAACCUCAGGGAUAUGGGGCUUCUUGAGUGGCAUACUCUGAGCAGAUUGGAAAGCAACAGGAAAGGCCUAAGUUUUUUAUUUGGAGAACGAUAACAACAGAUGUUUGAUUGUAGGAAUGUAUCAAAGUCAGUUUGUAUAAAAAA